AUGUCCAAAUGUUUGGGUUUAACCCGUGUCCGAUCCCCACGACGAAGAGCAGGGGGAGCCUGCACAAGAGGGGCCGCAACUAGGGAGGCCGGUGUGGAGUGGGCCCCAUCAUGGACGGAAGAACCCGAGGGGACGGGACUGGGCUGUGAGGAUGGGCCCGGCCCUGAUGCCGUGGUGGGAGGAUCCAAGGAGCUGGGAGAGCCGGGUGUGGGCCGAGCAGGUGGGACUGGGCCAGGUUGGGCCGAGGAGCUGGGAGAAUCGGUGAGUGGAGGAGCCGCAAACUCGGUGUCAUCCUCAAAGGCAGGCCGAGUAAAAACCUGUGGAGAAACCCAAUUGAACUCGUGA